UAUAGUCAGCGACAACAAGCAUGAUUUCCCAUAAGUUUGGCAUCUCCACCAAUCUCUCCUUCUGUCUGCUGCCAUGUCCUAGGCACCUAGGUAGCAAAGCUAGGCACCAUUGCAUCCACCACCAUCACCAGCUAGUCUCUCCAAACAAGAGGGUUAGACAGAUAUCCACAGAGAGUGUAGCGGUGGUCGGAGAUGGACGCCCCGGGCGCCCUGGACUCCUUCCUUGGCCGCCUCACCACCGUCCUUGUCAACGAGGCACAGCUCCUCGGCAGUGUUCGUGGCGACGUGGAGUUCAUCAAGGACGAGAUGGAGAGCAUGAACGGCCUGAUCCUCCACCUCACCGAGGCCCAGCACCGUGACCACCAGGUCCGGGCGUGGAUGAAGCAGGUGGUUGGCCUCACUCGGGACUGCGAGGGCAACGUCGAGCACUACAUCCACUACGUCGGCAGCAGGCCCGACGACGACGGCCUUCUGGGACACCUCCGCCGUGUCCUGCGGUUCCUGCGGACGAUACCAGUCCGCCGCCGCAUCGCGACGCGGAGGUCCGCGCACGGGACGUCGGUGACAGGCGGCAGAGGUACGGAGUCACCGUGCCUGCGUCAACCCCAGGACCAACAUAGAUGUUGUGGAUAUCGAGCCUGCCAAGGAGGAGGAAGAUCUUGGCCGACGCUCUACAAUGAUGAGGUGGGUAUGGUAAGGAGAGGGAUCGAUACUCUGGUCAAGGGGCUGUCCAUGGAACCAACAACAGAAGAUGAAGAUGGUGCCCCGCCGCCACAAGUAAGGGUGUUCAGUAUUUUAGGGACUGAAUUGGCAAGUGAAGUUGCAGAGGGAGUGUACCAUCAGCAUUUGUCUGUGGCCACCUUAUUCUGUUGUAAGGCCUCGUCCUACUGUUACAGAGAUGUAGGAACGGGACUUACCAAGAUACUGAAACAAGUAGGAGAUGUUCAACUUCAGCCUGGCCAAGAAGAAGACGAGGCAACAAACCAAGCCUUGAUCAUGGUUAAAGGCAAGCGCUUCUUGAUCAUGGUACUAGAUGUUUCUCGCCAUUUCAUCAGCACAUGGAAGCGCAUGCUAGAUGCUCUGUUACAAGCUGCCGAUGGGUGCCUUCCUGGUAGCGCCAUAAUAGUGACCACAUAUGACUAUGAGCUGGCCCUGUUGUCUUCUCCCUACAAAAUCAUCAACGCUAGUGGUACAAAAUUUAAAUAUGCAUAUGAAUAUGAGUUCGACUUCUACACAGAUCAAGUGAUAAACCUGGGUGCAAACUACAACUGUAAUCAUGGCUUUUUUGAACUUUGCAAGUUCGACACCUUUGCAAUGAGGACGUUCCUGCAUCUGCUCUACUCUAAUCCAAACAGGACAAAAGACGAAGUCCAGAAUUAUAAAAACACUAUCGAAGAGUGCAGACGGCUCAAGAGAAGCAUUUCCAAGCAAGUGCUGCUAUGGUGCUACAAUGAGUUGCCUAGCAAGUACAGGAGCUGCUUGCUGUACCUCACUGUUUUCCCAGAAGUCGAUGUCAUCAGGACUAGGAGCUUGGCUAGAAGAUGGUUUGCCGAGGGCUUGAUCACUGCUACUACCACAAGUACUCCAACUGAUGAUGAAAUACGGAGUAGUUGUAGUUCAAUGGAUGAAGCCGAGCAUUACCUGGAUGUGCUUUUCACUGCAGGGUUUGUGUCUCCUGUUGAAAUCGGUGCUGCAGGCAACAUCAAGAGCUGUACACUACAUCGUCAAGUCCGAGAGUUCAUCGCCAGGGUAGCUAUGGAUGUGAACUUUGUGGACUCCAGCCUACCGCCACAUCUGGCUCGCUACUUAUCCAUUCACAGCAGAAUAGGUUUGCAAAAACCUCUUUCAGAUGCUGACAGCAAAGAUAUUGCAGCUUAUCUUCCAUAUUUGUCUGCGUCUCCUCAAUGGCAGCUGUUGAAAGCGCUGGACCUUGAGGGCUGCAAUGGUUUGAAUAAGAAGAAGAUUCUGAAAAGCAUCUGCAAGAUACUGUUGCUGAAGUAUUUGAGCCUCAGGAAUACUGAUGUGACACAACUACCGAAGCAAAUCAAGGAUCUCUGGUGCUUGGAAACACUGGAUAUCCGGCAGACAAAGGUACAGAUUUUCACCAAAAAGACUAUUGUGCUUCCACUUCUGAAACAUUUUCUUGCUGGUGACAAGAUCUCUGUAAGCAAUGACGCUGGAAAAUGUGAUGAAUCAUUUUCUGCAGUGGAUUUGCCCCUUGGCAUCCACAGAAUGAACAACUUGGAGAUAUUGUCCCAUGUCCAAGUCACCAACAGCAGUAGUGAGUUAACUGGCAUUGCUGAGCUUCAGAAACUGAGGAAACUUGGUGUAGCUCUUUGUGGACCAAAUGCCAAGCUGAGUGAUCUGUUUCACCAAAUUAACAGACUGCAUAAAUGCCUUCAUUUCUUGUCAGUCUGGUUUCGUCAACAGGCUUUUGGUGAAAAACAUGAUGCUUUGACCCCUCCAAAUUUCAUCACAAGCCUAAACGUCAGUGGCCUCACUAGUGGCCUUCCUCACAUGAUUCAAGAGCUCCAUCAGCUUGUCAAGUUAACCCUGACAGAGACAUACUUGAAGAAAGAUGGUCUGUGUAUCCUUGGCAAGCUUCGUGGCCUGCGCUUCCUGAGGCUUCAGAACAAAGCAUACAUUGAAAGUGAGCUCUCCUUCAGAAAAGAAGAAUUCCAGACACUCAAUUUUCUGUUCGUCGGAACCAGUAACGUCACCAACAUUAGCUUUGCCCGUGGGGCAGCUCCGAAGCUCGAGAGGAUCAUUUGGUCUUUUCCAACAACCGCAUGCGUUUCUGGACUCGAACACAUCCGUGAGCUGAGGGUGUUUGAGCUCAAUGGUGACUGCAACCCAGAUCAAGUGAGAGAUGAAAUACUGAGUCUUAGAGACUCCAUCUUGGAAUAUAAUCAGGAGAGAUUUAAGGAGAGACUUUGGAAAUUACCUGUCUUCAAGCAUAAUCCACAUGUCCAGCGGCAAGACGACAGAGCUGCGGCAUCAGCCUCGUCAUCAUCAGGUCCAUGAGUACUCAUCACUCUUCGUCGACUCGGAAACUCACUUGGCUAUUUCUCCUUUGAUGUCUUUAAUAAAGAUGCAGCUGACGGGAAAGCCCUGGCCAUCCCCGUUCAGCCUCAUGCAUCACAGACUUUGCAUUCCUUUACAUUAUGUAUGCCAUGCAUGUGUGUUUGGUUUUAGAUCUCUAGACUGGAAACCUUUUUAUCGCCAAUUUAUGGGCUAGUUCGUGUGUAUGUGCGCAACUUGAUUUCUGUAUAUUCUUUUAAUCUGAAUAUUUAUUGUGUGUGAUAACAAUUGCAAAAGAAAUUACAU